UCAAAGCGCCAGCAGAAGCCCUGCCUCAGCAGUUUAGGCUGCCCAAUAAAGCAGCAGGCUUCAUACCACUGGGACAGAAUGACGACCACAGCCGGAGACAAGCCCAUGCCACUCUGUCCAGCAGCCAGACAGGACAGUCCCACCACACCAACUACGAGCACGCAAAAACACAUGCACAAAGGCACAGAUUGCACAUAUAAAAAUAAACAUUUGCACACAGAGAAGUAUGAUUGUUACUUCAAAGUUUUGGAGUGUUGGGUUAGGAGCCACAGACAUGAACACAGGAAAUGACAUUUCCUACGUUUUUUGGGACUCAGAGGGAAGGAUAGAGAGAGGUUGACGGAGACUGUCAGAGGGAGGGUGAGGGAGAGAGUGGGAGUUUCUCUAAGUGGGAACAGAGCCUUUACUGUUUCAUAUUACAGAGAAAAAGAGGAGAAAGAGGAGAAGAGUUAAUGGUGGGUAAGGGCUCCGGUGGGUUGUGCAGUCGGGCUGUAUUUGAAUGUAGCAGCCUCUGUAAGUGCUGUGCAGUUGUCUGGGUUUAUGGAUUCGCUGACUGUGGAAAAUGUACUUCUCUAUAGUGGUCCUUGUCCUGACUAAGGCUCUGCUCACAGAGGUUUGUCAAGCCUUAAAUGUGACAGUGACCCCAGGGCCUGUCGUCCUGGUAACAGAGAAGGACAACCUGACACUGUCCUGUCUGGUGUCACAGAAGAAGAGGAGCACCAGUUUCCUCAUCCUUCGAUGGUUCUUCUCCCCUCUUCCUUUUCCAUCUCCUGCGCCUCCCUCUUCUCUCCCAUCCACUCCAUCCCCACUUGACCCCUCACAGUUUCUCAUCGUGAAGACGGGCAUCAGGAAGUUGAAGCUCUAUGGGAACUACACUCGCAGAUUCCCACAUCCAAAGUUUCAUCUGCACGACGAAGAGGGCGGCGAGAUGUACCGCUUGCUGAUCCUAAAUCUGACAGGCAUGGAUCAGGGAUUUUAUAGCUGCAAAGUUCAGGAGAUUCGAAAAUAUCGAAACACGUGGAGAUCCUCUUCUAAUGGUACCAGCACCAUACAGCUGAAAGUGCACUUUACUCAGGAGGAUGGUAGCAGUGAAGGAUUGUGGGUUUUGUUUGCAGAUGUUUAUGUUUGUGUUGUGAUCAUCUGCUCAUUGGGGCUGCUGUCCAUCUUUCUGUUCACUAUUGCUCUAACCUGCCAGUACUUUCACAGAAGACACAGACUUAAAGCCAGUUAUCUUCUGGUCAGAUGUCCAGAAAGCAGUUCGGGUGAGACUGUGACCAGUUCCAGCAGCUGCUCCAGUUCUUCCCCACGGCCUCCAAGGAGAGAAAAUGGACAAAACACUAAGAGAGAAAUGCCAUUGAAACCUAAGCUACCUGAAGAACCUCCAAUUUACAUUCCACCAAAAGUGCCCGUUCCUGCUAAGAGACCUCGGAAACCCAGAAGAUUGAAGACUCAGCCGAGACAAUCUGCCACUGUAAGGGCUCUCCCUUUCACGCUGAUCUGCUGCAUGUCCAACAUAAAGGAGAUAAUGAAAAUAAUAAAGCAUCAACACUUAUCAAACAAUGCUUAACAAUGCAUUUAUUCAGUGCCAGGAAAUACUUUUCUUCAAGCACAGAGUUGUGAUCAACAUACCUGCAGAAGGGAAUUGGUUUCACGACUGCAUGAUUGUCUAACAGUUUAUUGCCAUCUCUUCAUUCAGUUAUGAGCUUGAUAAUUCUAUUUAGCUUUAUUGCUUUUGAAACACAAUUAUUUAUUUAGAGCGCUUCAUUGGUUUUAUACCUACGAUAAAAGUGUUGAACACGUUGGUACAGAGGAAAUCUGCUCGAUCUAUGGACCUUCGGUUUUUUUUUACAUGUUCUGUUCUCGAGAACCCGCACUGAAAUGAACAAGAUGUGAGCGCUUCCUUCGCAC